AUGACUAGCACUACAGGAGUAGUGAUUGCUAGUGCUGGUGAUGUGCUCCUCAAGGUCGGCGCUGACGGUGAAGAACGCAAGUUGCUCGUGUCCAGCGAGGUUCUCAGAAGCUGUUCCUUCUACUUCAAGGCACUGACAGGAGACAAGUUCCGUGAAGUUCAGGUCGCGCGCAGUGCCCAGAGCCCACAGAUCAUAGUCCUGCAGGAAGAUGAUGCUCAAGCAAUGGAAGACUUGUGCUUGCUCCUACAUGGGCAAGAGCCUACUGGUUUCCGGAACGCUAUGACCAAGGACGCAAGCGCAGAUGCUGUAGUAGCGAGCGUGAACCGAAUCCUCUCUCUCGCAGUGGCAAUCGACAAGUACGACUGUGUUGGCCGCCUUCGUCUGCAAUGCUCGGGAUUGCUUUUCGAGUGGCUGGAAGCAUGCGGUCAGAAGCCUGAGCCGGAGCGGUGGUUGGCGCAACUCGUCACAGCUUCGUAUCUGCUGGACAACAAGCAUGUUUUUCGAAUCACUGCCGAGCGUAUCACAAAGGAGACAUUGAAGCUUCCCAACGACAAGGACUGGCCAACGGCAGUUCCGAGGAAGAUGAUGCCAGAGAGGGUCACAGACGCUAUUGCUGCUAAGGGUGAUCGCAGCGCCGUCAUCUUCGCUACUCGACUCCGGAGUUCGCUCUAUGAGUCGUGUCCGCUGGAGUGCUCGGACUGCCGCUCCCAGGUUGACUGUGCCUACGAAUGGCAGUCCAUGCACACUGAUGAGCCUUGGCAACUAAGCAUCAAAGGAUCCAUGGAACAGAUGCAGGAGAUUGCGGAUGAUAUGUGCAGCAGUCACGAAGGGGAUGAUAGGCUCGAGAUGCAGGAAGCCUUGGAAGACCUCGGGGAGAUCCGGUCGGACAUAGACAGGGCUACUAGUGGGCUCUGCUUGAAGUGUGUACGUGGUGGCGACAGCUUACAAGGCAAGUGUGAGAAGGAUGAUCAUUGA